AUGGUGCUCCUGGGAUCCGGCUCUGACAGCGGAGUCGUGGCCCGUGGCCUGGAGUUGCUCCCGGUGCAGGCCCCUCCCCUGCCUGCUCCUGGGCGUGGCCGCAGCCCGGCACGCCAGCUUUCGCCAUGUUCCGCGCCGCGUCCUUCCCAGGAUGCCCGCACGCCGCCUGCCUCCCCACCGCUGUCGCCAACAACAGUUCUCCCGCCAACGCCCCGGUCCAAAAUAAGUGAUGACCGCCCCUCCCCGCUCUCGCAGGCGCGGCCAAGCCAAGUACUGCUCAGUCUCUGCGCACCGGACUCCCUUCAGGCGCCGCUGCUCUCACCUGCCAAGCCGCCUGGCUUCGAGGCCUCCCCGACGCCUCCACUGCUAUCCAGCGGGCCCCUGCGACGCACGCCCUCGCCAGUGCGGCUGCGAAGGAGGGCUGCUGGGGGUGGCGCUGUCGGCUUGCAAUGCGUAGCGCCCCUCUUUGAAGAACGCCAAGAAGCCCUCUUGUCGUCCCCUGCUCCAACCCCGCCGAGGGUGCCGGCGGCUCGUCGGAAGACCAUGGCUGGGAUCACCAUCUCCAAGACCGCUGGAGGGUUCGACAUCAGCAAGCCAAAGGCUGGAGGCCGUCCCAAACCGGCACCAGCUGCUAGGGCAGCCGAGCUCCUUGUGUGCCGUAGCCUGGGCAUCGUAAAAGACGGGGAAGACGUCACUGCUGCUGCACUGGACGCCUUCGCGGAUCGUUUCAAGGAUCAGCUGUCGCCCGACGUGAUCGUGGCCAUGCGUGGUUUGUUCAAGCUCGACGACGGCAGCGCGACGGAUGUCGAGGACGCCCUCAUCGCACAUGGAGGGGGAGGUGCCCUGGACCUGGAGACGAGCGACGUCGGCGUCGCGACGCAGCUGGAAGCCAACUAG